GGGCUGGACUUGGGGAGUGAAAGCGAAAGCCCAGGCGGAGACCAAAGACCAUACUACUGUAGGAGCAUGGCUAAGCCUUGUGGGGUGCGCCUGAGCGGGGAGGCCCGUAAACAGGUGGAUGUCUUCAGGCAAAAUCUCUUCCAGGAGGCUGAGGAAUUCCUCUCCAGAUUCUUGCCACAGAAGAUCGUAUACCUGAACCAGCUUUUGAAAGAGGACUCCUUCAAUGUAGCUGACCUGACGUCCCUCCGGGCCCCGCUGGAUAUCCCUAUCCCAGACCCCCCACCCAAGGAUGAUGAGAUGGAAACAGAUAAGCAGGAGAAGAAAGAAGCCCCGAAAUGUGGCUUUCUCCCUGGAAAUGAGAAGGUGCUGGCCCUGCUUGCCCUAGUUAAACCCGAAGUCUGGACUCUAAAAGAGAAAUGCAUUCUGGUGAUCACAUGGAUCCAGCAUCUAAUCCCCAAGAUUGAGGAUGGAAAUGAUUUUGGGGUGGCAAUCCAGGAGAAAGUGCUGGAGAGAGUGAAUGCAGUCAAGACCAAAGUGGAAGCCUUCCAGACAACCAUUUCCAAGUACUUCUCAGAACGCGGUGACGCAGUGGCCAAGGCCUCCAAGGAGACCCAUGUGAUGGAUUACCGGGCCCUGGUGCAUGAGCGAGAUGAGGCGGCCUAUAGGGAUCUUAGGGCCAUGGUGCUGGACCUGAGGACCUUCUAUGCUGAACUUUAUCAUAUCAUCAGCAGCAACCUGGAGAAAAUUGUCAAUCCAAAGGGUGAAGAGAAGCCAUCUAUGUACUGAACCCAGGACUAGAAGGGAAUAAAUGACCUGUA